CUACUGUCUCAAACACACUGACACAAAUUACAUCACCUUCACUCUCACUCUCUGUCCUCACAAACCCUAAAUACUCAUCCUUCUUCUGCAACACUCACACAGACUGACCCAACUCUUUCUUUCACCAAAACUUGCCUAAAGGAACCAUUUUGACGCAUACCCACAUGAAUUUUUCACUUUUUCAGCUCAUGAUUCACGUGCUCAAUACCAUUGCUUCAACUACCUGCUGAAAGUUUCAAUCUUUUUCAUAUUCCCUAGUGUUUCUUGUCAACUUCUGAGUACCCAUUUGAGUGUUUGUUUGUUUGAUUGAUCAAAGUCAAUUUUUUUUUUUUUUUGGAAUUUGGUACUUGAGGUUUAUAGGGUGAGGGAAUCUUGGUAUUGGGAAGGAGUUAUGGUGUCUGCUGAAAAUGAGAUUGGUGGUGAGGAUCAUAAGGAGUUUAGUGCUCCUAAGUCUCCAUGGAAGACUCCUGCUGUUGUUGAUGGGAGAGGUGCUGAUGUGCCUGUGAUGAUGGGGACUGAGUCUUGGCCAGCUCUUUCUGAUGCACAAAAACCCAAGAAUGUUGAAACUGCUGCUGCUGCUGCAAAGCCUGUGGAUGCAGCAGCACCUUCUGUGCCAGGUGCUGGUGUGAUUGCUGCAAGACCUCCUUCUGUGCAGCAGAAGUCAAAUGGUCCUGGAAACCUUAACCCGUCACAUAAGGGGCCACCAUCGCGCUAUCAAAAGCCAGGACCUAAGCGCAACGGAAAUGGUGCACCUCCCUUUCCUGUAGUGAUGCCUUAUCAUCAACCACCGGUUCCUCCGUUUUUUCAUCCUAUGGUGCCUCCACCUCACAUUGCUGUUCCUGGGUAUGCUUUCCCACCUGGUCCAGGACCUUUUCCCAGUGUUGAAAACCCUUUAGCAAAGCCUGGAUCUCAGGCACCGGGACAAGCUUUUACUCCACCUGCUCAUGCGGUUGAAGGCAAAAAUGUUAAGCCUCCUGUGCAAGGGGAUCCAAAUGGCUAUGCUGUUAAUUUUUCUAAUGGAAGACCUAAUGUCCAAGAGCAAGGUGACCAUCUGAAUCCUGCUUGGCAUCAUCAAAGACCUUCCAGAGGAAACAUGUCUAUGCAACACGGUUUGGGGCCAAGGCCCUUUAUGAGACCUCCAUUUUUUGGCCCACCUCCAGGAUACAUGGUUGGUCCAAGCUUCCCAGGACCUGCUCCCAUGUGGUGUGUCCCCAUGCCACCUCCUGGCUCAAUUAGGGGUCCCCAUCCUCGGCACUUUGUUUCAUAUCCAGUCAACCCAACACCACAGCCAAUGCCACCAGAAACUCUAGCUUUGAGGACUAGCAUUAUUAAACAGAUAGAAUAUUAUUUUAGUGAUGAAAAUCUGCAGAAUGACCGUUAUCUUAUUUCCUUGAUGGAUGAGCAAGGAUGGGUUCCCAUAUCUACUGUUGCGGGUUUUAAAAGGGUCAAGAGGAUGAGCUCAGACAUAGCUUUCAUCAUUGAUGCACUUCAGAGCUCCAACACUGUGGAAGUGCAGGGUGACAAGAUAAGGAAAAGCAAUGAUUGGUCAAAAUGGAUUCAAGUUUCUUCAGGAAAUUCAGGAUCAUCAACGGCACAGAUUCAACAGAGCCGACUAGUAAAGGGUGCUGACAAUUCUCAAAAUAUUGAUGCUCUUGGAGAUAAGACAAUGGAGUCUUCUAAUGAAGAUCAUAGAGAUGCUGCUCAUAAUUCUGUUUCGAUGGAGCAUAAUCAGUCAAACAAAGAUGCAUCACAAAUUUCACAUUUGAAGCGAGAACAAGAUACUGAAAGUCAUCAUUCCAAUGAUGUAUCACAUGCAGUAACUGGUGAAAGUGUCACAUUCUCUAGUUUUGACAGAACUAAUAAUAGCUGCCACUCACAAGAAACUGAGCCCAAAAUAUUUGAUUAUGAUGAAACUGAAAACAUGGAUGUUUUAGCUGAUAUGGAAAUCGGAGAUCAUUCCAAUGAUUUUGGCAAUACGUUUAUGCUUGAUGAAGAGAUAGAACUUGAGCAGAAGAUGUUAAAGAAGUCUGAGGUGUCUUCUCCUACAAGGAUUGAUGAUGAAGACGAUGAGAUGGCUGUCAUUGAACAGGAUGUUCAGAGACUUGUAAUUGUUACCCAGAAUGGUGAUCCUAAACAAGGAUCUGGAGAUGGUGGUAAAGAAUCGAAAUCCAUUUCCAAUGAGCUUGCUUCUGCAAUAAAUGAUGGGCUAUACUUCUAUGAGCAGGAACUGAAACAUAGGCGGUCUAACCGUAGAAAGAAUAACUGUGAUAAUAGAGGUCGAAACUUAAAAUCCCCAAGCCAAACUUCAGGAGUAUUGAAUAUGAAGGUGGGUGAGAACACCGGCGGAAGCAGUGUCCCUGAAGAGGUUGGAAGCAAUAACUCUCGAAGGAAACAAAAAGUCUUUCCCAAACAACAGUCUUCCAUUAAGCAGCGGUUUUUCUCAAGCAAUUUUAGAAAUCAUGGAACUGGUCGUAACUCUCAUGGAGUCAUAUCUGAAAGCCCACCUAGUAAUUCUGUUGGGUUUUUCUUUGCUUCUACGCCUCCUGAAAAUCAUGGUCUGAAGCCUUCAAUAUUGAGUAGUUCACCACAUGGGGUUCUUUCCGGAAGUAGUCCACCUGUAGGUUCAACACCAAAGUCUUUUCCACCUUUUCAGCAUCCGAGUCACCAACUCUUAGAAGAAAAUGGUUUCAAACAACAAAAGUACCUGAAGUAUCAGAAACGCUGCUUGAAUGAAAGAAAGAAACUUGGAGUUGGCUGCAGUGAGGAAAUGAAUACAUUAUACAGGUUCUGGUCAUAUUUUCUUCGAGACCUGUUUGUUCCUUCUAUGUACAAUGAAUUUAAGAAAUUAGCCAUGGAAGAUGCGGCUGCUAAUUACCAUUAUGGCAUGGAGUGCCUUUUCAGGUUCUUCAGUUACGGUUUGGAGAAAGAAUUUAGAGAUGAUUUGUACAAGGAUUUUGAGCAGCUUUCUCUGGAUUUCUACCAUAAGGGCAAUCUGUAUGGCCUGGAAAAAUAUUGGGCGUUCCACCAUUAUCGCAAGUUACGCAACCAGAAAGAACCUUUGCAUAAACACCCUGAACUGGAGAAGUUGCUCAGAGAAGAAUAUCGUAGCUUGGAGGAUUUCCGCGCCAAAGAAAAGAACCUUGUAAAAGAGGAUACCAAAAAGGUUGAGUGAUUAUAUGCCUAGAUGGCAAAAUACAUGUGACACAAGAGUUUUGAUGGUGUCCCCCAAUUUUGAAAGGAAAACUAACAACUUUAACUCAUGAGAGAUCGAGUAGAGGCGUGGUUUUUUAUUUGAAUGGAAAGAGGAGAUUGUUUUGUUUGUUCUAUAUUGGUUUAUUGAUCAUGUCAUGCCUCUACAUUGCUGAUUGCCAAGUCUUUUUCAAGUUACUUUGGUGGAUCUUAUAGACUUGGGGAAGCACAUUUUCUUGUCUCCAAAUGUUGUACAUAGAAUGAUAGACUAGAAGUUGUGAACCUUACUUCAACAUAAGAUGAAGAGGUUCUUUAGCUUUACUUCUUUGUAAGGGGGUGAACAAAGAAGGGAAAAAGUUGUACUUAUUAUAUGUUGCCAAAUGUGAACAAUAAGAGUGAUAUCUUUUUACUGUAAUUUGUUAAUCAUUGUUGUCACGCCAAAUUGCUAUGGUUUGAAAACUAUUAGCAACUAUUGGAUUUUGAUAGCAAAUUGUUAUUA